AUGUACCCACAAGUAAAGUUCAAACGUUUCCCUCCUGAGUCGCUCGUCGAGAAAAUUGGAUAUUCACAUUACAUGAACCCUAUUCUCACGACAGCUCCUGACAACGACGCCAUGGCACCUGAUGAGGACCUGGAUUUGGAAGAUCACGAGUGCUGCCCUUGGCAAAUGAAGCGUGCACGUGCUCAAGAGAGAGUUAUUGUCGAUAUGAAUGCAAGGGGUUUUGAAAUCGGGUACAGAUUCCGUGAAGAUGGAACAGAAUUCCUUCCAACAGGAUACAGUACCAACAAUAGUAGAAGCGAUGUUCAAAAUACUUUUAGAGAUCAAGUUGCGCCUGUGAAAGCUUACAGCGUAUCUGAAAAUGUUGAUUCGAAAACGAAUUAUGGUAUUCCAACAAAAAGUUACUCCACAUACGCACGUGAAUACGUUUCAUCGUUGAAAAGUUUUUUUUCAUCUAGUAGAACUGAUUAUAAUAGUGAUAAUGUUUCAACAUCAAAAACUUCUGCUACACGUGAUUAUGUUCCAUCGUUAAAAAGUUUUUUUGCAUCUAAUAAAAACGACAAAUUCCGUGAUUAUGUCUCAUCAUCAAACGAUCACGGGUCCUCAGCUAAAGAUGAAUAUAGACGUGAUGAAUAUAAAGAUGAAAAUAAAAAUUACAAUGAUCGUGGUUAUGUUUUAUCAUUAAAACAUUACGGUUUAUCUGGUAAAGAUGAAUAUAAACGUGAUCAUGUAACACCAUCAAAAAAUUUCGGCUCAUCCAGUAAAGACGAUUAUAAACGUGAAUUUUUUUCACUACCAAAAACUUAUUCUGACUCAAAUAACAAUUAUAAUAACCGUGAUUAUGGUUUACCAACAAAAGAUUACGGUUCAUCUGGUAAAGAUGACUAUAAAAAUGAACUUGAAUCAUCAUCAAAAGAUUUCAGCUCAACUCGUAAAGAUAAUCGAAAAUAUGUAUCACCAUCAAAAGAUUUCGACUUAUCCAGUAAAGAUAAUCGUGAUUAUAUAUCACCAUCAAAAGAUUUCGGAUCAUCUAGAAAAGAUGACUAUAAACGUGAUAAUGUAUCACCAUCAAACCAUGCGGGCUCAUCUGGUAAAGAUCACUUUAUAUAUAUAUCACCCUCUGAUGAUGAUGAUAACUUGGCAUCGCCCAGUAGCGUUUCCUCGUUCCUAAGAGAGUACUCAUACGCUUGUAAAAAAGAAGUAUCAAAAGAACCUUCAGAAGUAUACAAAUCGCCAUGCAAAACAAAUACGAUUGAAAGAAAAUGUUGUCAGUUAUGUGAAAGUGAUCAAAUUAGCACCUACGAUAAUGAUGAAUAUGAUUCCAAAUGUACCUUAGAUAAGUCAUAG